AUGUCUAAUUCCCCUUUAACAAAAGUACCAACUUCUGCUUUAUCUCCUGUCUCAGCUUUAGCAUUUAAAAAGCAAAGCUAAAUUCCUUAGGCAUUAUCAAAAUAAGCCAUAGACUUAUAGAAUACGUUGAAUAAACUCAAGGAAGCCAAAUAAAAGAAACAACAACUUUCAAAUUCUAAUAUUGUAGUAUAAUCAAUAAGUAACUUCUUUUAUGAACUCUAGCAAAUCCAGUUAGCAGUCCUCAAAAAAAUAAACACACAGAAGAAACAGAACCUAUACAAAUUUAAUACAAAUCUUUAUUUAAGGAUAUUGAAUAGCCUUAGAUUAGUUAACCUAAAACUUAUAAUAAAAUGAAUGAUUAAGAAGCUGAAUAAAAGUAUGAGUAGAGAAAAAAAUAAAUAAAAGAAUAAAUAGAUAGAACCAAAUCAAACAGUAAAAUAAUUUAGAAACCUAAAUAAAAAUAAAAGAAGACUGUUGAAAAGUAAAUUCAAAAAAUUGAUCUCUCUAAAAAUUCUAAUAAAAAAUAAAAACAAGAAUCUAUUCCUGAAAUUUAAAGCAUUUCAUCUUAUCCUAAAGAAAUUUUACAUGAUUAAUUAAAAGUUAUGCAAAAUAAAUUAAAGUAAGACAUUGCCAAACUAGAUAAAUAAAUUAAAGGUGAAAAUCAGACCUGUCUUUUUGAAAUUAAGAAUAAAGGACAUGAUUUAUAUUAAUAAGGGUUGUAAAUGGAAGAUAGGAAGUAUCUACAUUUAUAACUAUUUAAGAUAAUUUAAAAAAAAGGUUCAUGAAAGGGAAAAACAAUAAAAAGAGAUGUAAAACUGUACAUUCAAACCAUAAAUAAGUUAACCAAAGAGAAUGAACGAUCAAUCUAGAUAAAUAUAGUCAAGAUUACAAUAAAAUGAUUCGAAAUUAUAACUUAAAUGUUAAAGUAAUAGAGAUGGCUAAAUAACUUCUAAAAGAUUAUCCUGUUCUCCUUCAUAAGAUUAAAUUAAUAGUACAACAAUUACAUAAACACUUAAUAAUAAUAAUAAUCAUGAUAUCAAUUGUAAUUUGUAUAAUUAAUAUUAUUUUAGCUUACUUAAAUAGAAUUCAAGAUAAAUAUCAAUAGAUAGUAAAUAGAGCCAAUGCUUUAAGAAUUAAAGGACUUUGA